CCGCGGAAAGGUGCGAGCGUUGCGCGCACGCACGUUGUUAGUGAUUGUUUUAUAAAUUAACUUUUUAUGUGGAUACGUUCGCGGACGAAGAGAGAAACUGUUUAGUGAACUUUUGCUUACAUUUAUAAACAUUUCAAAGAUAGAUAUUUAGUGGACGUUACCUGUUUUAUAGAAGUACAGGUAUCGAGUGGAAUUUCUUAACACAUAAAACGAGUUUUCUUCCCAUCGGCUGUAUGGAUUUUGUAAUUCGCAUAAUUUAGUAAUAUUCUAUCGUUCGUACGUAAUUUAGGUGUGUUCGAGUGGAUAUUAGACCCAAUCUUCGAGUGUUUUUUGUUGGAAUCCAAUUAGAAAGGAUACAGUGUGAAAGUGAUCCUGAAAACGGACUGCUCACUGCUCAACGCAAAGCGAUAUAGUCGACGAAAACAGCUGGCUGGAAAAAUGACGCGCAGAAGAAGAUAGCGUUCCAUUUUCAAAAAUUCAAAAGUGCCAUGUGUGGGUGACAGUGUUGAUCACAAUGAGUGAAUGAAAAACAAAAAACAAAAUGGCGUCGAUAUCGCGAGUGACACUAGUGAGUGUGGUGGCUUGUGCCGUGUUUGUGUGUGUGAGUGGACACGUGGCGUUGACGUACCCUCCAGCUAGGAGGUUCGAUUUGGACUUUUUGGACAAUUCCAGGACGAAACCGCCAUGCGGGAUGCCCAAAGGAACAUUAAAAACAUCAUUUGUUGCGGGUUCAACAUUUACAGUCCAUUGGCAUUUGGCGUAUGCGCAUCGUGGUGGAUUCAGUUUGAGAAUAUUAGAUGAGCUGGAACGGCCAGUUCUGGACCUGACACCGAGAGCAGCUGGCUCUGAAUUCGUGCGAGAUGACGUUACCGCCCAGAAAUACGAAGUCCGUCUGCCCGGCGACUUCACCUGUGAGAACUGCACGUUACAACUGCAGCGGGAAGCUGGUGAAUGGGGCGCCAACUACCGGUUCUGGUCCUGCGCUGACAUCGAUAUUGUGCCUCGCAAAGACUACCAUGAGACCUGUUCCGGCAAGGGUUUCCACAUCCUAGGCCGUUGCAAAUGCAACAAGAUGUACUACGGGUCUCGCUGCCAGUUCUCUGACGAGUGUCUGGAGGACACCGACUGUGGACUCCGAGGGAAGUGUAUGGAGACCAACUCCACUGAGGCUCCGGCUAAAGUGUGCUAUUGUCCGUUUGGGUUCUACGGGAAAGGGUGUAACAAGAAGGCACCAUGGAAGGACAAAAAGGUGAACUUAGGUCUUUACACAAAGAAGGAGCUUUCAAAGGAGUUUAACUUGUACUGGAGGGUGCUGAAGGAUGAAGCGGAGAUUGAGGUCAUCAUGAUGGUCAACGGAACAUCGUAUGCUGGUUUGGGCUGGCGACCAAGUGGACUGACGAAAGAAUGUAAAAACUUCCCGGUGUUGGGGCCUUCUAUUGAUGAAAAACAGAGUACACCAAAACCAGAGCCGUUACCCGAACCGGAGCCCAAAGCGGAACCGGAGCCGAAAGCGAAGCCAGAGCCAUCGGCGGAACCCGCGGCCGAACCAGCUGCCGAACCCGUGGCCGAACCGAGCGCUGAACCCGUGGCGAAGCCCGAACCGAGCGCCGAGCCUGAGCCAACGGCAGAACCCAAACCCGAGCCAGAACCCACUUCAGAGCCGGCGCCCGAGCCAGAAGCCACUUCAACUUCUCCAAUAGAGAGCGAUAACCGCAACAAGCGCGUGGCGAUGCACUCGCUAGACGGAUUCGACUUCAAAAACUUGGGAAACGACGUCACUGUCAAGACGAGCAUAUCGUACAAAGUUUCUAGUUCUAAAGGACGCCGAAAACGCGAAACGUCAACCAACAGCAAUGUGGAAACAACGACCUCUUUUGUCCCAGAAACCACCCCUAUCCCUGAACCCGAACCUACCUCCGUGCCAGAACCCACCCCAGAACCCAAAACUGAGUCUACCCCAAAGCCUAAAUCUAAACCAAAGUUUGCACCAAAGUCUAAACGCUUACCACUUAAUCAUUCCGCGCUGAAUCCCAUUCCGGGAUCUAAAUCGGUGCCAGAGCCUAAGGCUGCAUCUAAGCUUGAGGUAGAGCCUACUCCUGAACCGAAAUCAGAGCCUGAGCCUACCUCAGAACCCACUUCUGAGCCAGAACCCACUUCUGAACCUACAUCGGAACCGGAACCUACAGCUGAGCCUAAAUCUGAGCCAGAACCUACAGCGGAGCCUAAAUCAGAGCCAGAACCUAAUCCAGAGCCAAAAUCUGAGCCCGAACCCACGGCCGAACCCAAAUCUGAACCUGAACCGUCCCCAGAACCGAAAUCAGAGCCCGAACCCACGCCAGAACCCAAGUCAGAGCCAGAACCGUCCCCCGAACCGAAAUCAGAACCAAGCCCUCAACCAGAGCCAAAAGCCGAGCCUGAGCCUUCCCCGGAACCCAAAUCAGAACCCGAACCCUCCCCAGAACCCAAAUCCGAGCCAGAACCCUCCCCAGAACCCAAAUCUGAGCCAGAACCUUCCCCAGAACCAAAGUCCGAGCCAGAACCUUCUCCAGAACCAAAAUCAGAACCCGAACCCUCCCCAGAACCAAAAUCAGAACCAGAACCCUCCCCAGAACCCAAAUCUGAGCCAGAACCCUCCCCAGAACCGAAAUCUGAGCCAGAACCAUCCCCAGAACCCAAAUCUAAGCCAGAACCAUCCCCAGAACCCACUAAAGCCGAGUCGGAUACCGAGAUAUUGCUAGUCAAGGGACUUACCGAAGAAGCAGGCUACUUCCCUGCACACGAAUACACUCCCAAGUUCGAUUUCAACCCCAUGGACUGUACCGAUAUCGUCAUAGGCACCGCUAGAGGGAACUACCAUCGUGUGCUGGACUAUUACACUAGAGACAGGUAA